CAGCCACAUCUAAUAUUCAACUUUCAAAUAAAACUUGCACCACACAGAGUCUAAAAAUCAGCCAUUUUGACCACAUUUCUCACAUCAUCACACGUUUCCCAUACCUGCAACCUAAUAAGUUAUCAACUCUGUGCACUAUAAAAUCAAACUUCCCCAAUUACACCAUUUUGUAUCUCUCUUUAAUUCCUAAUCUCUCAGAAAACCAGAUAUCACCACCGCAACCUCAACCACAACCAUCAAAUGGCUGUGUAUCCAGUAUUGCCAUCAUACGAUCAAUACUGUUUUGAAUUAGGCUUAACUCUAGCUGAGCUUGAUUUGUCAACAUGGGAUGAUCAGAAUGCAACUACAUCCGAUUCAUCAUCAGCACCACCACCACCGUCGACAUCAUCGCCAUCGGAUUCCGUAUUAGCGGUGGUGUCAAGUAUGCCAACAGUUGCAAUGGAUGAUACGGUAUGUAUUGUGUGUAUGGAAGGACCUCAUGAUCAUCAAGCUGAUCACGAUGAAACUGAUCAUCAUCAAGAAGUGGUAGGUAAGAGGAUGCCGUGUAACCAUGUAUACCACGCUAAUUGUAUAUCCACUUGGUUGUCUCGGUAUAACUCUUGCCCGCUCUGCCGAUGCACCAUCGACACCACUAGUCUACCUCCGGCACCGUCCCCACCUGUCCAACACCACCGUCAGUCAGUCGCCAUUGUUGAUCAACAGUUGAAUUGACCACGAUGUAGAGACUUUUUCUAUUCUUUUUCUUUCUUUUUUUUUUUUCAUUUGUUAAAGAGUGUAAAGCAUAUACUUUAUUCUUUCAAAUCAAAUGGAUCAAAUCUUUUUGACAUAUGUA